AUGGAUAACCUCGUUUCACUUUUCCUCGAGAUCCUUGAAGAGAAAAGGGGACGGCCUGGCAAUGACUUUCUCACCUACUUGAUUCAGACUCCAGGCAUGACGGAAGCUGAAUAUCGAGACAGUAUCGUUACUCUCUUUAUGGCUGGCCAUGAUACAACUGCAGGCGCACUUUCAAGCUUGAUCUUUUACUUUGCAUCUUUCCCGUCAUAUCAGACUCGAGCUCGGGAUGAAGGUCUGAGCAUCCUAGGACCCGACAGUCACCCAAACAUCCCGGAUUUCGAGAAAAUGCCUUUCCUGAAGGCAUGCAUUCGGGAAUCCAUGUGCAUUAACAGCCCGUCGACAGCGACCAUUUCCCGAGUCUCCGCUGAGACCCUGCAUAUUGGUGGUUAUGCUUUGCCCGCAGGCAUACCAAUCGUCCUUAAUAUCCACGCCGUCUUGCAUAACAGUCAGACAUGGAAAGACCCGGAUGCGUUCAAUCCAGAACGCUUCAUCAGUGCCAACAGCACUGACGAUGGGAAAUGGAUGCCCUGCGCGUAA